AUAUAUAUAUAUAUAUAUAUACAUGUAUGUAAGAAAAGAUAAAUUGAGUGAAGCACUACUGAUUCGCGAUUCGAGCAGCAACAAUAUUAGGUUCUUGUAGGAUUCUCAAAAAACUAAUGAUGUCGUGGACGUGGACGAAGUCGCGGGCAGCCUAGCGGCUGUGGAAUUUGCUGAAUAUAUCGAAAUAAAUAAUGGUACCAAAAAUCAAGCCUACCAUUUUAGCGUCAAACAGAGUCCAUUCACCUUUUCUCCGACUUUCCGAAUAAUGUGGUUGUGGGUAUUAUGAUCAUUGGUUUAGAUGAACCAGGACCUCACCUUUCAAUAACCGUAACAAUAAGCAAUAACAAUUAGGAGCAAACAGACGUUUACUAUCUGUUGGUACUCCGGUCAUAGUCUUUAUUCUCUCUUUUGAUUGGGCGAAAUCUAAUACAAACACGCAAACGUUACCAGUUACCACGUUAUUGUAAUCUAUGGUGGCAAUGAAAUGCAUAAAAUAUGAAAUAUUAUAAUUUAUGAUGAAGUUUUUAACAAUGUGGGGAUAUUCUUAUGAAUUUGCAGACGGAGGCACUGCCGGAUCUCGAUGAUUUGUUACAAUGCCCCGUGUGCUACGAGAUCCCUUCGGGUCAGAUCUUCCAGUGCAACGAGGGCCACCAUGUGUGCGGUCGCUGCAAGAUGCGUCUUGACAUGUGCCCUGUCUGCCGUGCCCUGUUCUUUGGCACACGCAACUACGCGAUGGAAGAGCUCAUCGCAAACGUUAGAAAACUGCGCGCUUUUAAAUUAGGUGGAAAGGUAACUACUGGCGCCGAAGCUGUAGAGAGCAGUGCACCGGCCAGUAGUGUGUCGCCAGCGGAACCUGAAAGUGAGACUACCGAGGAAGAGAGCAACCUCGAGUCAUCCUCUCUCAUACUACUACGAGCUCCUCAAGCGUGUAAGGGUUUGUUCCGCUGCUUGUGUUGCAAAAAUGGAAAUGGAGAGCGGCUUCCUGCUGCACGUCUGCUGAACCACCUGAGAUAUUUCCAUGCUCCCGAACUUAUUGAGGGUCAGUCGGAAAAUGGGGAGUAUGUUCAAGCUUGGCAAUUUUCUACUGUACCUGGAAGAAUUGCUACAGCAGUCCGAAUUGCCGAUAUGGGCAUAUUCUUCUUGAUAAUUGAAAUAAGUAAUGACUCUGUUUGUGCUUGGCUGGCUAUGGCUGCAUCGCCGUGGGUAGCUCACGAAUUCAGUUACACAGUCACUAUUUCCGGGAACGAUCGUGAGGCUAUAUUUUCGGAUUGUGUGUGGUCAGUCAGGUCGUGCGAGGGAUCCCUGAAGAAGCGCGGCCACUGUCUGGUGGUUCAGGGUCUGGAUGCGCACGCACUCACAGCGCCCGUGUCGAUGAGCGGCAAGCUAUCCGUGCGGCGCACCCCGCCCGAACAGCUGGUGCAUCUACCGCAGCCCCGCGCCGUACUGCGUGUCGCUAGCCGAGGCAACGCGCGCGACAAUCGCGUCUCACAGGACCUCGAGCCCUUCCUCCAAGGCCUCCAGAACGACGUUGCGCGCCUCUCCCGCGCCUUCGCUACUCUCGGCCGCCGCGAGGCCGACGUCCGCGCCAGGAUCGAAGCCCCCCGUAACCAAAUCACCUCCGCCCCCGAUCGCCCCGUGCCACCGCCCGACCCAGCCAAUGCUGAUGCCAGCGAACGCGCCCCCGCUGCUCUGUCGCGUAACGCCCGCCGCCGCAUGCGACAGCGACUACGAGCGGCGCUCAACGCCACCCAACCCCUGGAAACAGCCGAACGACCCGUGCCCCCACCGCCUGGCCCCGUACCGCCUCCUCAACAGAACGGACACGCCGACGAUGUCGUCCACAGAGUUGGCUUGAUCUUCGUCGAGCCCCCGGUGCCGCCCCCGCCGCAGUCCGCGAGUGGCUCCUCCAAUGGGCACGCGCAAAACGGUAACCAAACCCGCACCAACAAGAAGCGUCGUCGCCAACGUAGAUAAACUGUAAUCAAUGGACUAUGUUAAGAUACUAGAUAAAGGGUAUAAGGUAACUUUUGCCGAUUGUUAUUGACUGCUCUGUUCAGAGUCUCAUUUAUCCUCUGGGGACGCCUCCGAUGGGCUUGUUGUAAAUAAAUAUUUUAGUCUUUUGACAAACGCAAUUUUACAAGUGCUGUGAUAUAAAUACUGCAUGGUGAUUCCGUGUUGAUGGAAUACUACUUAAUUGAUUACUUAAAAAUACCCCCCAGAGUGAACAAAUAAUUUACUGUUUUUGAUUUGAAAAGGAUUCAUAGAAUAAUAUUGUUAUGAACUAACUUUAUAUUUCAAUUGAUGAAAUGCAUUUGUAAAGAAUUAUUUUUGACAUUGACUUAGUAUAAUGAAUAUCAAUUACAUUGAAAACUAUUGAAAUGACGAAUGUGCUUGUUUUAUCCUUGUAAUCGUGAAUUUUGUUGUAGAAUUAAUAUCUACUAUGUUAAUAACUAAGAUACCUGUUAAUCGUCUUAACAGCAGAUAGUUAUACUUAAUAAUUAUUAUAUUUUAAGAAAUCCCAUGAGAUGUUUUAUUUUAUUACCUUUUCAAACGCCAUUGGGAGAAGUUUGGAACAGAUAUAAGAUCUAGGUCUGUGAUUUUGACCCGUAAACAUUGUGUACCAUCAACAAAGUUAUCGUUUGAUCAGCUUCAAAACUUACAAUAAACUGAUUUUUAAGUCGACGGAACUCUGACAUUUCAGAAGUGUUGCCAAUAAUAAAACAGUCCUCUGUAAUCUGUGAAACAGUUUAAAGCUAAAUUAAAAAAGAAAAUCGUGAAUUUUAGAUAUCAAAUUAGAAAAAUUAUGACUUAAGGCGCUUUGCAGACGACGGGG